AUGAAUUUCCCUGUCACUGUCACAGACACUGUCACAGACACUGCCACAGACGCUAUCACAGACACUAUCACAGACACUAUCACAGACACUAUCACAGACACUGUCACAGACACUGCCACAGACGCUAUCACAGACACUAUCACAGACACUAUCACAGACACUAUCACAGACACUGUCACAGACACUAUCACAGACACUAUCAAAGACACUAUCACAGACACUAUCACAGACACUGUCACAGACACUAUCACAGACACUCACAGACACUACACUAUCACAGACUCUAUCACAGACACUAUCACAGAAAAUAUCACAGACACUGUCACAGACACUGUCACAGACACUGUCACAGACACUAUCACAGACACUGUCACAGACACUAUCACAGACACUAUCACAGACACUGUCACAGACACUGUCACAGACACUAUCACAGACACUAUCACAGACACUAUCACAGACACUGUCACAGACACUAUCACAGACACUGUCACAGACACUGUCACAGACACUGUCACAGACACUAUCACAGACACUAUCACAGACACUAUCACAGACACUGUCACAGACACUAUCACAGACACUGUCACAGACACUGUCACAGACACUAUCACAGACACUAUCACAGACACUAUCAAAGACACUGUCACAGACACUAUCACAGACUCUAUCACAGACACUAUCACAGACACUGUCACAGACACUAUCACAGACACUAUCACAGACACUAUCACAGACACUAUCAAAGACACUGUCACAGACACUAUCACAGACACUGUCACAGACACUGUCACAGACACUAUCACAGACACUAUCACAGACACUAUCACAGACACUGUCACAGACACUAUCACAGACACUGUCACAGACACUGUCACAGACACUAUCACAGACACUAUCAAAGACACUGUCACAGACACUAUCACAGACACUGUCACAGACACUAUCACAGACACUAUCAAAGACACUGUCACAGACACUAUCACGGACACUAUCACAGACACUAUCACAGACACUAUCACAGACACUAUCAAAGACACUAUCACGGACACUGUCACAGACACUAUCACAGACACUAUCACAGACACUAUCACAGAAACUAUCAAAGACACUGUCACAGACACUGUCACAGACACUAUCACAGACCCUGUCACAGACACUAUCACAGACACUGUCACAGACACUAUCACAGACACUAUCAAAGACACUGUCACAGACACUGUCACAGACACUAUCACAGACCCUGUCACAGACACUAUCACAGACAGGUUUCAGUAG